UCUUCUUCUCUCUCAGUCAUGGCCUCUUCUGCAAUCUCUCUCCCCCACCGACCGUUCCAAACCCGCAAAUUCCCCAGCCCCCUACCGGCACCGUCGCCGGCGGGACCUCACCCUCAAGCCUCCCCGCGUUUCGCCGCUUCUCUGAAGCAGAACCGUUUCGCUGGCGUUUCGCUCUCGAGUUCGAGUUCGAGGUCUCCGCCGGGAAUUCGACUUCUCCGUGGCUCCGGCGAGCUCCGAGCGCCUCCGACCAGGGUAUCCUCGAACGGCGCUCGUUUCGGCUCGUUGCCGGAGGAGAGCGACUCCCAAGCGCCGAGCUUCGUGGAGUUCAUAACUUCGGAGAGGGUCAAGGUGGCGGCGAUGCUAGCCUUGGCUCUCGCGCUCUGCAACGCUGACCGCGUCGUCAUGUCGGUGGCGAUCGUUCCGUUGUCGCUCUCCCACGGUUGGAGCAAAUCGUUCGCUGGUAUCGUUCAGUCAUCUUUCCUUUGGGGCUACAUGGUAUCUCCGAUAGCUGGAGGAACUCUUGUGGACUAUUAUGGUGGGAAGGUAGUCAUGGCUUGGGGAGUGGCCUUGUGGUCUUUAGCUACUUUCCUCACACCUUGGGCUGCUGAAACUUCCGUGUGGGCUCUCCUAGCUAUGAGAGCUCUUCUUGGCAUUGCGGAAGGAGUGGCUCUUCCUUGCAUGAACAACAUGGUAGCAAGGUGGUUCCCUCCAACAGAAAGAGCAAGGGCUGUUGGGAUUGCAAUGGCUGGAUUUCAGCUUGGAAGUGCAAUUGGCCUCACGCUUUCUCCAAUCCUCAUGUCGCAGAGUGGUAUAUUUGGACCCUUUGUCAUUUUCGGUUUAUCUGGGUUUCUUUGGGUGUUGGUAUGGGUGUCUGCAACAUCAAGUACGCCUGACCGAAACAAUCAGAUAUCAAAGUACGAAUUGGAUUACAUAUCAAAUAAUGGGCAGAAAUCAUUUGUGGGUGACAAUAAACCCAAAACUGCCAAAGUCAUACCUCCGUUUAGGCGCUUGCUUUCUAAACUGCCAACAUGGUCCCUGAUUGUAGCAAAUGCCAUGCAUAGCUGGGGUUUCUUCAUUAUUCUUUCCUGGAUGCCCGUUUACUUUAACUUCGUGUAUCAUGUUGACCUCAGACAUGCAGCUUGGUUUAGUGCUGUUCCAUGGAGUGUGAUGGCAAUCAUGGGAUAUCUUGGUGGUUUGUGUUCAGACAUGUUAAUACGAAGUGGUACAACUAUCACUUUAACUCGCAAAAUCAUGCAGUCGGUUGGUUUUAUUGGACCUGCCAUCGCUCUUGUUGGUUUAACUACAGCGAGAAGUCCGUUGAUUGCAUCUGCUUGGCUUACGAUAGCUGUUGGGUUGAAAUCCUUCAGUCAUUCUGGCUUUCUUGUGAAUCUCCAGGAGAUCGCUCCACAAUACACUGGUGUUCUGCAUGGACUGUCAAAUACUGCUGGAUCAUUUGCCGCAAUCCUGGGAACAGUUGGAGCUGGUUUCUUUGUUGAAUUAGUGGGCUCUUUCCAAGGAUUUUUGUUGCUCACGUCACUCUUGUAUUUUCUUGCCGCCCUUUUCUAUGUCCGCUUUUCUACCGGGGAGAGGGUAAACUUUGAUGAACCUGUGUCAUAAAAGAGAGCACAAGACUACUGGCACGUACCAUCCAACUGUAACCAUGCAUGUGUAAUAAUAUUAGCGGACGAACAAUACGCAACAUCGGAAGAAGAAAUUCCGUCCAUAGUAUGGACCCAUGCCCCAAAUCCUCUGUAUGUGCUCUAAUGUACAGUGAACUUUCAACUGCCCCUCACGCCGCAUGCAUCAUUAAUUUGCAUUAGGUGUAGUUGGGGAUUUUGACUACCAAAUCUUGUAAGAUUCUUGUUAAUAAGUUACAAAGAGGUGUACAUUGGAUUCCUUGUUCAAAUCUUUUUGUUUGCUUGGAUCGUUUCCAUAUGCUUAUGUAGUUUUAGAACUAUACGAAUGCUAGAUAUGAGCAAAUU